UUACGGAGUGAAUAACUUACUGGAAGAGAAGGAAUGUUGCCUGUUGUUGUUUACGUGUGAGCAGGGAAGAGGGCACACACCACCACCACCCGGGCCCUAACACAAGACCGAGACACAAACAAGAAUAUUAGUGAAACAUAGAGAACAAAGGGGUUAAUGACAAUUGAUUCUGCACCUUAGGAAGAAGCAGCAGAGAUGAUGUCGAGGUCUUUGAGAGCGGAGACCCGUUCUAGGGGGAAGGAGGAGACCAAGCGGUCCAUGCAGGCCCUUGAUAAAGUCCGCCGAUGGGAGAAGAAGUGGAUAACUAUACAUGAUACCACAAUGAAGAUUUACAAGUGGGUUCCCAUCGUUACUGAUGAACGAAAGAAGAAGAGUGGAAGUAGUGCAAACAAAGAAAACCGUAUGUGUAGCCGAGACAGCAGCAUGUCAGCAUUCCAGAUGGGAGGAGAUGACUCCAAUACAGCCAUGUCGAUGAUGAGCGACUCACAAGAUGCUACAGACUUCUCAUCCACUCAGUUCAACAUCUCAGAAGAUUCCAAUUCUGAACCACCGUUUAAGAAAAAGUUGAUGGAAGGCUGAAGAGAUUUCUUUCUUGGGGUCAUUGGAAGAGAUUAAAAAAUUUGAGUUUGACGGAUGUCAACGGCACACAUGCAACUUUAGAAUAAUGUUUGUGAAACAAUGUAUCUGCUAGGAAUGAACAGAAGGAUAAUAAUAAGUUGUCUACACUGUAGUCGGUAAUAAUUUGAACAUUUGAAGUCUUAGAAAUAAUGGAGUAUAUUGUACUCUUAGGUUGUAUGAAGUAGUUUAUGGAAUGAAAAUCAUUUAGUUAUCACUGGUAAAGCAUAAGUUUUGGAUGUCGAUAGGGUUUCCUAAGUAGUCUAGAUUUAAGAUUUGUAAUUUAUUUUUAUUUUUACAUAUUACAGUAUACAGUAUAGGAAUAAGAAAUGCAGGGCACAAUGUUCACCAUCUAUUUUAUUGACUCUCUAAUUACAGAAACACUCUUGACAAUGUCAAGACUUUUCAGAAAGCAACUUGAAGGGAAUUAAUGUCCAUAACAAGAUGUUCUUACCCAGUCUGCAGGGUAAUGUUCCCACUGAUUGUGAUGUCAUGUAAUUCAAACUUUAAAUGGCACCGUUAGUGAAAAUGGGGUUAUGUUCCUGGAUCCUAAAAUAUUGCCCUAAAAUACACUUUGAACUGCCUAGAUUAUUGUUAAUAAGGUAUUAUGGCUCUGGUAGGACUUUCUAGACUCUACUCAACUUAACAUAAUUAUUGUCUAAGUUAUAAUGUUUAGGAUAGAUAUAAAAAUUUCAUUUGGAAAUAUAAAACAUAUUUGUUUUAUUUUUAUGCAAAUUUGGAGUAUUUAGCAAUUAAAAAAAUAAGCAUGCUUCCCAUAUAAAAUCUUUUCUUUGUAGCCAAACACAACAAAAAAUAAAGUUUCUUGUGACCUGACUUUAUUUAGAAGAUUAGCUGACCCUAUUACUUUUUAUCUGAUACAGGAAUACCCUGGUUAUCACAAGGGAUGCAUUCCUAAAAGUCAAUGCGAGUAAUGAAACUGAAUAUCGGGGAAAUUUUUCCCCAAGAGAAUUAAUGUAAAUAGGGAAGGGGGAUGCAUUCCCAGCCGGCAACUUUCAUCACAUACAGUAUUUUUCAAUAUAUACUACUCAUUAUCCAAGGCUAUUAAGGACCAGGGUCACAUGUACUUGUAUACACUGUACUGUAGUGCCAGUAAAUGUGAGGAAUAAAUAAAAAUUAUACUUGUAAAAAAAA